AUGAUAAGAAAGUCAGGGUCCAGACGAGUCGAGGCAAGAAGUCGGAGUCGAGGCAAGAAGUCGGAGUCGAAGCAAGAAGUCGGAGUCAAGGCAAGAAGUCAGAGUCGAGGAAAGAGAGGAAAGAAGUCACAAAAGAAAGCCGAGGGUGAUGGAUCUUCUGUAGAGUGUAUAUGGUGUAUACAUAUGAACCAGUCGCUUUGCAGACAAGCGGCACGCUGCGUUUUUGCAAACGGGGGUGGGGCCGUUUCCUCAAACAGCAGCAAAAGUGGAAAAACGACUAGUGCGGUUGUUGAAAAAAACAACCCUUGCGGCCCAGGACUGGCUAUUGGGACAUGCUGA